UUCACUUUCUUGGCUACGCGGCAGGGCGGCGGCGGCGUUACUCCUCGUGAGUACGCCAAUUUACAUAUAUUCUGUAAAUGUAUUCUAAAGCACAGCAUAAACCGUCUUAAUAAUAAUUUCCAACCUGAGUCUAAUGCCCCUAAUGCAGCUAUAAAUUUUAAAACCCCAAAUACUUCUAUAGACUUAAAUUAUAUGUUUUUAAAACCACUUAAAUACGCCACUCGAAUAAGCAAUCCUUUAAUUGUUAUAAACUGGAUAAAGCUAAUUAAAAAUUCACAUGAAGUAAAUGCAAUCACAAAUCAGAUACAUAAAUUUUUAUUUAUGCCAAAAGAACAGGAAAUAGCCAAACUAGCCAACUGUUUAACCAAUAACAAUACAAGUAUAGAUACUAUUAGAACUAUUCAUUCAUUUCUAGAAAAAACUAAAUGUGUUUUUAUAGAUUUGGUGGGUUUACUCCUAGUUUUAAUGAGCUGA